AUGAACGCCCUAAUCAGCUCUCACUGUCCUCCUCCAAACUCUCUACGAUGGCGCAAAGACUUUUCGACCCGCCAGACGAUUCUCUACCACGGCCAAGAUAACCGGUUGCGCGUCCCCAACGGUGGAUCAGUGAUUGACGAAUUUUUCCGCAGCUUUAAUCCCGAUCUGUCCCCACCCCGCCGCCAUGAGCUGUUAAGACUAUUCCUCUGGCAGACCGGAGCCAAAAGCUCAUUUCGGGAGGCCAUCCGGGUCCAAAGCUCACCAGCGGAUAGGAGAAUACUUGCCAUAAUCGAUGACCGAUGUGAUCCCUGCUUGAGGUUCACGAGCAUCCCGGAAGGCGCGGCUUUCCUGCCUGUCCGACAAUGGGAGUCAGAAGAAUACUUGCGACGACCUCCUGGGGGCUUUCAUGUUAGUGUCUUCGGUGUGGAUGCGGAGAUGCUCUAUACGCAUCUUAAUCAGAAUAGAACAGGAUAUGCUGAGCGCCGAAUAUUAUAUCUUGUCGAUUUGACACCUCUGAUGGGCCUUGCGUUAAUCUCAAACGUCAAUUAUAUGCAUCUUCCCCAGAUACGGUCAUUCUUGUCACGAUAUGUGGCAUUUGCUUCGUACAUGGGGGUCUCGCAGACCAAUGGGUUCACCCUAGAGUUUCAUUUGCCGCACUACGCCCUUAGGAAAGAUAUUUACCAACUCCGGGACGGUCGGAAACUUCGGAAACACCGUCUCGUCCGCCCCUUAGGUCAGGAUGCCAUCUAUGAGGUGCAAAUUUCCCUGGUCGUGUUCGGAGUCGAUGAAUUCUUCUGGACCGCCUAUUUUUGCGAAGACGCGUAUUUUAAAACCAGUAGCCCCAUUACAGAGUACAUCCUAAAUGAGGUGGAUGGGCCAUCGGCGGGCUCGCGGUUAAACCGAUUUCCUAUUUGGGACCCACGAUACUAUUUCCUUUCCAUUUUAGUCACUCGCACGAGUCAGAUCACCAUGGAAUGGGCAGUCUUGAUGGAGAUCAUCAUUGGUGAUAUUGAUAAGCACGAUGACGUGUUCCUCGAGUUUGACCCGUCUUCAAAGAAGACGAAAGAAUAUGCUUGGAUACUUGGCACACUACGAAGGCUUCAUAACCUGCUAUCCCGAGUGAUCGAUACGCUAGUCUCCUUUCACUCGAAGAAUAGUGUCUACUUUGACCUCGAAACCAAAGGCGCCCUGUACGACCAAUUCCGCGAGUGUUUCGACCAGAUACGCCAAUUUGCAACCGAAUUGGCUACUACCCGGAUGACCCUAGAGCAGCAGAUCGAGACAUUAGAGAAGAUGUCGGACAUGUUGGUGAAUGUUUCGUUAGUUGCGGAGAGCAUGACGACUACUCAUCAAGGAGAAAAUAUCCAGCUUUUGACUUAUAUUAGCAUCAUAUACCUUCCUCUAGGGUUGGUUACGGGUGUCUUCGGUAUGAAUCAAGUGGCACUAUAUCCGCGACCAUUGGAUUACAAAGAAUGA